GAGCUCCCGUGUGGUGGUGGUAGCUCUCUGUGUGCACCGAUGAUCUGAGCGGUUGAGAGAGGGGGAAGGAAAAGAAACUUCUAAGUGCAGUCAAGCUGAAACAAGCUGUCACUGUUUCCGAGUUUGUCUUGAGAAGCCACCGCGUUUAUGGGUGAGAAUAUUGACCCUGCUUGUGGAAGGUAGAGUCCUGGUCUGGGGCAGUUUUGGAGCUCUCGCUGGAUUGGGUCAGCACUGCAGCUAAAACCAGGGAGAGUUGCCCAGUCCCAGUAUGGAAGAACACAAUGGCUCUGCAGAGACUCCCCCACCGAGCCAAGGGCGGCACAGUGCUGUUAAGUGUGGGUGGCUGCGGAAGCAAGGAGGCUUCGUCAAGACCUGGCACACACGCUGGUUUGUUCUCAAGGGUGACCAGCUUUACUAUUUCAAAGAUGAAGAUGAAACCAAGCCUUUGGGUACCAUCUUUCUGCCUGGCAACAGAGUAAUUGAGCAUCCCUGCAAUGAAGAAAGUCCAGGAAAGUUCCUUUUUGAAGUUGUUCCAGGAGGAGACCGAGAGCGGAUGACAGCUAAUCAUGAGACGUACCUUCUUAUGGCGAGCACGCAGAAUGACAUGGAGGAUUGGGUGAAAUCCAUUCGCAGGGUUAUAUGGGCGCCAUUUGGAGGAGGUAUUUUUGGCCAGAAGCUGGAAGAUACUGUCCGAUACGAAAAGCGAUAUGGGAACCACCUGGCUCCUAUGUUGGUGGAACAGUGCGUGGAUUUUAUCCGAGAACGGGGGCUAAAGGAAGAAGGCCUUUUUCGACUGCCUGGGCAGGCUAAUCUUGUGAAGGAGUUACAGGAUGCCUUUGACUGUGGAGAGAAGCCUUCUUUUGACAGCAAUACAGAUGUGCACACGGUGGCAUCACUGCUUAAGCUGUACCUACGGGAACUCCCAGAACCAGUCAUACCAUACGCAAAAUACGACGAUUUUCUUUCCUGUGCCAAAAUGCUCAGCAAGGAGGAAGAAACGGGCCUGAAAGAACUGGUGAAGCAAGUGAAGAGCCUGCCAGCUGUCAAUUAUAAUCUGCUGAAAUAUAUCUGUAGAUUCCUUGAUGAAGUCCAGUCUUAUUCAGGUGUAAACAAAAUGAGUGUGCAAAAUCUGGCUACCGUUUUUGGCCCCAACAUCCUUCGCCCCAAAGUGGAAGAUCCUCUGACCAUCAUGGAAGGUACAGUAGUAGUCCAGCAGCUAAUGUCAGUGAUGAUUAGCAAACAUGAAGAGCUGUUUCCCAAGGAUGCAGACCCUCAGAUGGGACCCGAGGUAUGCAACAACAACAAUGAAAUGCCAAAGAAAGCGAUUGCGGGGCAGCUACAGAACAAAGAGAACAACAACACCAAGGAGACUGCAGUGAGACGCUGCUCUUGGGACAAACCUGAGUCUCCCCAAAGGGGAAGCAUGGACAAUGAGUCUCCGACUACUCUGCCAGGCAGCAAGACAAAUAGCCCCAGGAACAGCAUCCAGAAACUAGAUGUCACCAGAAGCCCACCACUCAUGGUGAAAAAAAAUCCUGCUUUUAAUAAAGGCAGUGGCAUAGUCACUAACGGGUCCUUCAGCAGCUCUGUGGAGGGCCCUGAGAAGAGCCAGACCUUACCAAACUGCACCCUGCAAACCAGGAGAACGUCGUCCCUGAAAGGACCGGUGACUAAGAUGGGCACACACAGUGUGCAGAACGGAGGUGUGCGGAUGGGUGUUUCUAGCACAGACGGGCACAGCAACACCCUCAACAGCCGGACCCCGGGCUGGGUGCCCAAUGGCUACGUCACACUGAGGGACAACAAGCAGAAGGAAUCGGUGAGUGAGUCAGGCCAGCACAACAGGCUUUCCACCUACGACAAUGUCCACCAGCAGUUCUCUAUGGUGAACUCUGAUGACAAACAGAGUGUGGACAGUGCCACCUGGUCAACGUCCUCUUGUGAAAUAUCCCUCCCUGACCACUCCAACUCCUGUCGUUCAUCCACCACCACCUGCCCUGAGCAGGACUUUUAUGUGGGUAACUUUGAAGACUCUGUGCUGGAUGGACCACCACAUGAAGACCUCUCUAACCCGGGUGAUUAUGAGAACAAAAGUGACAGAAGGAGUGUGGGGGGCCACAGCAGCCGAGCCACCAGCAGCAGCGAUAACAGUGAAACAUUUGUGGCCAACAGUACUAACAAUCACAGUGCUUUGCACAGCCUGGUGUCCAGCUUGAAGCAAGAGAUGGCCAAGCAAAAAUUAGAGUAUGAGACAAGGAUAAAAAGCUUGGAGCAGAGAAAUCUCACUCUGGAGACGGAAAUGAUGGCCCUGCAUGAAGAACUGGAUCAAGAGCGGAAGAAGUUCACGAUGGUAGAAAUCAAAAUGCGUAAUGCAGAACGGGCCAAGGAAGAUGCAGAGAAGAGGAAUGAUAUGUUGCAGAAGGAAAUGGAGCAGUUUUUCUCCACUUUUGGAGAACUGACAGUGGAGUCUCGCAGACCAGAAAGAGGCAACACCAUCUGGAUCCAGUGAGCAUUGGAAGCGUAGACUGUGGGACUUUGGGGAAGGGCUUGGGUGUAUUAUACUGUAUCAGGUGGCUGGUCACCUGUCUGAGGCUAGUACUCAACGUAACGUUACAAACCUUUGAAGGAAGAAAUCGUACAGACGUUAACCACUCAUAUCUACAGUGUGUACUUAUCAAGUUAUACUCUUUGAAUGCUUCAUGAGACUACUGUCAAGUGUUACAACUGGAUACGUGUAUAUAAAUUUUAAAAAAAUCACCUUAGAGAGCAAGAGAUGUAUCUCAAGAAAUAUUUUAAUGCAAGUCUUGUAUUUAAACUGGUAAAUUGAAAUGUUGUUGCAAUCAAGCUUUAUAUCAAGGCUUUUCUCCCUUGCACUUAACAUAAUAAGCUAUUUUUGGCAUUGUGUUACCAUCAGCUUAUUUUGUAUAUCAAAUGUUUUUUGGUUUUGUUUUUUUUUUUUGUUACCCCUCUUGCUGGGGAGUGAAGAUAAACAGAUAUGUUAAGGUAUAUGUCCUGAUGCUUAACCCUGAUUUGCGUCGCUUCUAAAAAGACGGCAGGAUGAGAAACAGCAGCACGCUACGGGCAAAAUAAAGCGGUACUAAUUUAAUAGAAUUGAUUGCCAGGGUAGAAAGUACCAGGGCACCCAUAUCAUAAAAACCAAAUGAGGAUAUCAAGUCAGCAAAACUGGGGAAAAUGGCAAAAGGGUAAACAGCUGCUUGUUUGGGAGCAAAUGUGGGUGGCAGAGUAAGAAGUUGAGAGAGGGGAAAGGGGAACUUUAAGGGGAAGUCAAUCACAUGACCAGAGCUUUUUGGGGUACCCUAAAGAAGCCCUGUGCCUGAUCACUGCAGCUCAGAGCAGGAAAAUAAACCAGUUGUUUUGACCAUAUUUGCAUCUGACUUACCUCUGUUCUCUGGGUGAAAGUGAGUCCUUUUUGUAACAAUGGUGAAGGGACACACAGAGGCGAUGAACAAGACAUCCUGAUAGCCUUGUCAGUGUGAUGAGUGCUGAAAAAAAUAAAAAAAAAAAUUAUGUCCAGAGUAGAGAUUACCGGAGUAACUGUGUAACAAAGAGUAAAUAAGGAAGAAAACACACCAACAUAUUCACCACCCAUAUUUACAGUGUAUAUUAGCCAGUGGUCAUACUGUCUGAAUGGUUUAUGAGAUUACUGUCAAGUGUUACAACUGUGAAAGUUCCCAGGCUCUCAGCAUCACCAAGGGAACACCUAGAGGGAACAGCAUGCAGAGUGCCAGUGAAAAACAAACAGCAAAGCCAUGCUGUAAAUUAAUAAUUUGUUUGGUAUCUUUACAUAUAGUAAGUAUAACUGGUAUUUUCGACACCAUGUUAAGGAUUUUUUGUUUUUAACUUUGCGUUUAGGACUGCAAGCUUUAUUAUUAGGGUUGUUGAGACGUCUUGGCUUCCCUCUAGUGUCUCUUAAAUAUAUUGCAAUUAUUUUUUAAUGCCAGUUGAGAAAGAACAAUGACGGUAGCCUCAAAGAACAUUCUUGGUUGCAGCAUGUAUAUUAGACAAGUAUUAAUCAGAUGUGGGAGUUACACUGGGAAGCAAACAUGAGGUUUACAUUUCAGAGAAAUACUACCUUACGGUGGAGCAUUACACAUGGUACUUGUGAAUGCAUUAUUUGUGUCUGGUGAGGUUCAGAGUCCCCAGUCAGGGCGCCUAUUGUACUAAUUAAUGUGAACAUGUCUAGUGCACAUCCAGUCUGUGUGUAAAUCAGAAAAAGUCAGACAGGGAGAGAUCAAGGUAAUAGGAAGGAGCAUGUUUUAUAUCAGUUAGCAGCAAUCACAAGACGUCCCCACAAUGGUGAGAGAAGGAAACAGAUUACUAUGUUAAUUCUGAUUUUUAAAUUGAAUGAGAGAGACCUUGAUAUCUGAUACAGUAGGCCGCAAAGCCAAUUCACAAUUUAAGCAGUAUCUGACGUCUGUUGACGUGACAGCAAAGUCUCUGAGAUAAGUAUUUUCUUAACUGGACUUCAUAUUUUUACACUGGAUGUAUACAGUAGUCCCUGCAGCAGUAUCCUGACGUGGAGAAGGUCCUGCUUUCUCACUCAGAGUAAGCCAGUUUUCUCAUUUUGAUUUCCUCUAGCAGUCCCUGUGUCGCUCAAGCUCUGUUUCUCUCUUAAAAUUUAAAGGAAUACACAAUUCCUAAGACUAGUUCAAGGACCUGUGUAAAUGAGGAGCUAAAGUUUAGUCACACAGGCAUGACAGAAGGUGGCCAGCGAGGCAGUGGGGAAAGGUGCCGCUCCAAGGUUAUCAGCUGAUAUGAUGGCAAAAAUGACAGCUCCUUGAUAAAAUUUUAUUUCUGAUACUUGUUCAAAAUUGACGAGGAGCAGGAAUUUCAUUUCACGUUCACAUCUGCCUCCAAUGCCCUAGGCUAUACAAUACGCAUGGAAGAAGGGAAGAUAUUUAUAGUCCACGUACUUAGCAUUCUGUGUUCAAUUUCGAUUAUCCUUGGUCUUCACAGGAACUGACUGGAGGCUUCCAGUGAUUUGUAUGUGCUGCAUGUUUUCCUUAGUUGUUUGAACAGGCUUCUUUGUACACAUCUGUUUCUGAACUCAGAUUAUUUGGUCAGUGAUUGCUUUCUAAGGGUUAGUUUUGGUCUACCCCAAGUCUACCCACAAACUACAAGAAUGCAGUUCAGAGUGGGUUUUUGCUUAUCUUCAGGUCUUUGCAUUCACCAUGCCAUACAUGGUUCAUAAGACAAACUUUCAGUGAAAAAUCUUCAUUUUUGGUGUCUAUAGAUCCUCCUCAUUUUUAUAUUGUUCUUUUUGAGGAUUGCCAUUAAACACUCUUG